AUGGAAGAGGGAAAUCACUCGGAGGUGACUGAGUUCUUUCUCUCAGGACUGACAGAUCGUCCGGAGCUGCAGGUCCCCCUGUUUGUGUUGUUCCUACUGAUUUAUAUUAUCACUGUCAUAGGAAAUGGAGGGAUGAUCUUGUUAAUUACAAUUGACCCCCGACUCCAAACCCCCAUGUACUUUUUCCUCCGGAAUUUGUCUUUCUGUGAUCUCUGCUGUUCCUCAGUCAUUACCCCUAAGAUGCUACAGAUUUUCUUAGCUGAGCGGAAAAGCAUUUCUCGCACUGCCUGUGCUGUGCAAAUGUAUUUCUUUGUUCAUUGUGUAGAUAUGGAGUGUCUCUUGCUAGCUGUGAUGGCAUAUGACCGUUAUGUGGCCAUUUGUAACCCGCUGCUGUACACGGUCAUCAUGUCCCGACAGCGCUGUAACCUGCUGGUGGCUGGGGUGUGCGCUGUGGGGUUGGUGGAUUCACUCUUACAGACGUGCUGUAUAUUCCGGCUGUCAUUCUGCCUCUCCAAUCUUAUCAGGCAUUUCUACUGUGACGUCCCCCCAAUGCUGGAGCUCUCCUGCUCUGACACCCACACCAUUGAGAUUGUGAUGUUUGCCUCCACCUGCUACAUUACACUGAGCACCAUUCUGAUUGUCCUCCUGUCCUAUGUCUGUAUCUUCUCCACCAUUCUGCGCAUCCGCUCAGCCGAGGGCCGGUGCAAAGCCUUCUCCACCUGCGCUUCCCACUUGUGCGCCGUGGGCAUGUUUCAUGGCACCCAACUCUUCAUGUAUUUCCGGCCCCCCUCCAGCUAUUCCAUGGACACCGACAAAAUAGCCUCCGUGUUCUACACAGUGGUGGUCUCCAUGUUGAACCCCCUCAUCUACAGCCUGAGGAACAGGGAGGUGAAGGACGCCCUGAGGAAAGCCAUCAACAAACUCCUAACCCAGUCUUGA